CCGGCUAUCGCCUCCGUAUCAUCGCGUAACACUCCACUCCCGCCAAACAGCUACUGCUUAUUCUUCCUCUUAUUUGGCUUAUUAUUAUUAUGCUCAACGCUCAGCUCGACUCAGCGGCCUUUUGCAUUUCGAUCUAUCCUUCUGCGUCCCGACCAGGAUCUUCAUCACCUGUCAUAUCCUCACGAUCUCCAAUGGUCGCAGCUGUCCUUCGGGUUUAAAUUACAGCCACUCUCCUCUCUCUCCGCACGCCUCCUCUCCCAUCUUUCCACCCACCGAUCCUCCCAUCGCUCCUCGCCUUCCAUCUUGUCUUGUCUUUGGGGGUCGGAUCUUUUUCCUUCCUUUGCUUACUAGACUCGGUUUGGUGCUUCACCUCUUAUCAGCUAGCUGUGCAUCAUCGUCGACUCGGUUGUCUUUCCCCACCUCAGCUUAUCAUCUGUUUGUCCCGCAUCUCCCACACCACCCCAGUCAUGGCUCCGGGCAGUGGUCGCGAUUUCAACUGUUCCUGGGAACACUGUGGAAAGUCUUUCAAUCGCAAGUCGGAUCUUUGCAGACAUUAUCGGAUACAUACCAAUGAGCGACCUUACCACUGCACGGUCAAGGACUGCAACAAGAGCUUCAUCCAACGCAGUGCGCUGACUGUUCACUCGCGAACUCAUACUGGGGAGAAACCCCAUGUUUGUGACCAUGAAGGCUGCCACAAGGCAUUCUCCGACUCAUCCAGUUUAGCCCGUCAUCGUAGGAUUCACACUGGAAAGCGGCCAUAUAUCUGCCAAGAGCCUACAUGCGAACGAAGCUUCUGCCGCAAGACAACUCUGACCAAACACCAACACCGUUCCCACCCACCGGGGACCAUGACUCGACCAUCAUCCGAAGAUGCCACAUCGGAGCACUCCUAUCAGACUUCGGUGACCGCGUCAUUACCAAAUGAUCAGUAUCUUCUCGCCCAGCAACCUUACUAUCAACAGCCCCCGACUCCAAGCCAUGAGUUUUAUCAACAACAGAAUAUCCCAAUGGGCCAUGUUGCGGUACCAGAACCAGCACCCAUUGUGACCCAGAAUGUCCAGGUCCCGUCUCCGAUUGACCUUCAACAUGCGCAGCAGCAGUACAUGCAGCUCAUGCAACAACGAUACGACCAGAGCCGCCAGGGUUAUCUACCGCCAGAGUAUCACCAGCCUCAGUUUGCCGGCCAUCCCCUGGCCGAGGGACACCCUCUAAUGGUUUCGUACAACCCGGGCUUCUCUUAUAAAGCGCCAGCUCGCAUUCUCAACCAACCCGAGGGAACUGACUGGGGAUUUCUGGGAGUUGGCUGAGACGAAUUCCUCGUGAUUGAUAUAUUUCCGCUUUAUAUGUGUCUUUUUUUUUUUUUUUGCGACAAAUUCUCGUGGAAUAUCUUUUAAACCGGGA